AUAAAAGAGCAUUUCUGGGUUACUAAAAAUGGAAAAGUUUUAAUGCCCACAGAAGAAGAAAAUUGUUCCCUCGUCACUGUUACUCAAGAGGAGGUUAAUCAAGCUGUUCGUAUCAUUCCUCAUCUUGGAACUUUAAUUCUUGUGAAGGCUAUGGGAAGGAAAAAGCAUUUUGGAAAUCCAUUUCGCGAACCAGUCAUUGAAAACGAUUCGUUGUUAGAACAUCCAGGGAGGAGACAUCGAAGGAAAUCUUCAUUGCCAGAAGGCAGUGUCACAGCUUCUCCAGUCCGUUCCCACAGUAGAGAACAUUUAAACAACCAACAACAACAACAAAUUAAUUUAGACCAACAACCAUCUACAAACAACAACAAUUUAGAAUUAAAUCCGUUAAUUAUUAUUAAUAAAAUGGAAAGGUUGGAUAUUGAAAAUGGAAAUGAGGGAGAGGAAAAUAAAAAAGAAAUGCCUCAAUUAUUGAAUGGCUCUUUAAAUCUUUAA